GGAUGUUAAAGGAACAGAUCCACAAGGUGAAAGAGCCAGUUUGGAACUGGUGAGGAAAGAGUAAAAUCUGAAUUCCCAACUCUUUUUCUUUUCACAGCUGUUAAGAGUUCAGUGGGUUGAACUGCAAUCCUUCAAGUUCAUCUGUUGACUCCAACACAAAACUAUUAUAAACUGUGCCUCUAAAACACGUGAUGAAACAUUUCUUGAGAGCUAUUUAUUCCAACUGCAGCAGAGGAAAGUUUUCAGAACACCCWGCAUUUGGUGGAGGAAAGGUCUCUUGAGCUUUGCAAAAGGAGGAAUUAUUUGCAUACCAGAGCUUUAGCUGUGGUAAAACACUUUCCAUGCUGAAGAUGGACCAUGCAAACGUGACCCAAGCUAUGCUCGACGCUGAAUCCCCCAGCACGGAGAAGAACAACAGCAAYGAGUAUUUUUACAUUCUGAUCGUCAUGUCUUUCUACGGGAUCUUCCUGAUAGGAAUAAUGCUUGGCUACAUGAAAUCCAAAAGGAAAGAGAAGCCAUCYAAUCUGCUCCUGCUCUACAAAGACGAGGAGAGAGAGUGGGGGGAAGCUGUGAAGCCGCUGCCCACGGUGGCGGGGCUGAGGUCUGUGCAGCUGCCCAUGAUGCUGAACAUGCUGCAGGAGAGCAUGGUGCCCUCCCUGUCCUGUGCCAUCUGCUCCAUGGAAGGCAGCAGCGUCAGCUCCGAGUCCUCGUCCCCAGACGUGCACUUCACCAUCCAGGAGGAAGUGCUGGAUACCGAACUGGGGGAAGUGUCAGAAACGCCCCUCAACGAGAGCAGCGAGGGCUCCGUGGAAAACAUCCACAAGAACUCCUAGCACUUGCAGGGCUCCCUUCAUCAGCUGCAAAAGCGUGAGUGGAGCUCCCACCAAGAACUCGUGGCUCUGCUUUUCUGCUCUCCAAUGGACUCUGAACAGGUAUCUGUGCUCCUGGGCCCACGGGGUUCCUGAGAGCUAGCAGGACAAGGAAGCGAUGGUCCCCAACUUCAAAGUGUAACUUGCACAUAAUUGGGUUGCUUAAUUUUAAUUUUYCCAUUAUUAUUUCUUACUCUGAAAGCUAAGGACACGGUGAAUAUAUUUGUAUUUUAUAACGAGGUCAUUAUUGCUGGCAUGUCUCUGCAUAUUUCAGAAUUCUGUAAAUGUCUGGGAAACGUUUGGGGAAGUUGCCCUCACUCAAGUGCCUGGUUCUCAAAGAUGAUGGGCGAUACUCAUUCACACAAAGCUGUGAUAGACUAGAAAUGCUCUCRCUGUGUUUUCCUUAUAACCCACAGCCAACAGCACAUUUGCUCAAUGAGGCCUCGAAAGCUGAGCUUGGAGGGAGAUUGCAGCCUGGUUGGAGGCUGACUUUAGGUACAGAAUGAAUGAAAGACAAAGCAGAAAAAAGGAGGCAGCGAGCUCCUGUGUGGUUUGUAAAUCCCCGUUUCAGACCCAUGACACUUUUCUGUGUGUUUGCUGAAGUUAUACCUGUGAUGGCUGGGUCAGUUCACACCUCCUGCUGCAAUCCAUCCUCUGACUGAGUUACUAACAGGAAAAGUGAUUCAGUUUUGUGGUUUUUUAUUGCUUAAAGACGUGCACAUUUGGUCGCUAAAGGCAAAGAUCUGUCGGUUAAAGGAGAUGUUAAAAGAUCUUUGUGCCAGGCU